AGUAUUCACACUGGAGAGAAACCUUAUAUAUGUAAGGAAUGUGGAAAAGCCUUUGCUAGAGCCUCAAGACUUACUGUACAUAGGAGAAUUCACACUGGAGAGAAACCGUAUAUAUGUAAGGAAUGUGGGAAGGCCUUUACUGAAUCCUCAAGCCUUAGUGUACAUAGGAGAAUUCACACAGGAGAGAAACCGUAUAUAUGUAAGGAAUGUGGAAAGGCCUUUGCUGUAGCCUCACGACUUAGUGUACAUAGGAAAAUUCAUACGGGGGUGAAACCGUAUAUAUGUAAGGAAUGUGGAAAGACCUUUGCUUGGGCCUCCACAUUUAAUAAACAUAGGAAAAUUCACACUGGACUGAAACCGUAUAUAUGUAAGGAAUGUGGAAAGGCAUUUGCUUUGGCCUCAAGACUUAGUGUACAUAGGAGAAUUCACACUGGAGAGAAACCGUAUAUAUGUAAGGAAUGUGGGAAGUCCUUUGCUGAAUCCUCAAAGCUUAGUGUACAUAGGAGAAUUCACACUGGAGAGAAACCAUAUAUAUGUAAGGAAUGCGGAAAGGCCUUUACUGUAUCCACACAAUUGAGUGCACAUAGGAGAAUUCACACUGGAGAGAAACCGUAUAUAUGUAAGGAAUGUGGAAAGGCCUUUGCUGAAGCCUCAACACUUCGUGUACAUAGGAGAAUUCACACUGGAGAGAAACCAUAUAUAUGUAAGCAAUGUGGAAAGGCCUUUGUUGGAGCCUCAAGACUUAAUUCACAUAUGAAAAUUCAUCUAAGAGUG